AUGAAAGGGCAUAAAAGCUUUAUUAUCCAUUCUAUUCAAUCCCCUUUUCCAGGAGACGUCGCAGGACUCGUUCCCGAGAGGAGACGAAUCCCGAAUGCCCAUCAUCGAGAAGCUAUUGUUGAAAGGGGCCCCGCCAGCCCAUUAUGCUCCUCCGCCCUUUCGGAUAGUCCGUUAGUCGAGUCACUGGCGCAACGUCCAUUGUAUGGCCUAACAGAUUUGGCCAUUCCAGCACUAGCCUCAGAGACCCAGGCCAGUGAGAAGGUUUCACACGUUCUUGUGACCGGUCUUCCCACAGAUUCUUCUCAUUCCUCUUCAUCCUCCUCUUCCUCUUCCUCAUUAUCAUCAUCUUGCUCAGCCAUCUCAACCUACUAUUCUCCGCCUUGCCAACAGCAUGCCUUUUCUGAACAUCCUUCCGCACCCAACUCUUCUAAUUUGCUACCAAUAGAGAUAGUUACAACUUCUGCUCUGGCCUCAUCUGGCCUCCUUCCUUCGAUUUCUAAGUCGGCUCUUUCAUUUUCCUCCUCAGCAAUGUCAGCCAGCCCUUUUCCCCAGCCUUCCUCCCCGAGGCUCUUUAGUGACUCCAACCAAAGACAUCUCGAAAAUAACCGACCUCUGUUUAGCCCUCAGCUUACCUCACAAAACCUCUUCAUUCAGCCGCCUGUCCUGCUCUUUGAACAGGCUCGGACAAAAAUAGAUGCUCCCAGCCUUGCUUCUUCAGCCCUGCCUCAGCCUCCUCUACCUCCGCCACAGACCAUCUCAAUUCCUCCGUCGCCUCUGCUGCCGCUUCUUCAGCAGGCUCAGGUGCAUCGUUUUCUCGAUCCCCAUCCAAUUGAGCUUUCCCUCAACAGUGCCCAAACAGUGCGUCACCUGGGAUUACCCAAUUCCCACGAACCUAGCGCCUCUGCGGCUUGUUUCCAAACUUGCCUUGGCAACUCUGGCCGGCAAGCCCGGCACUCUGCCAUGGACUGCAUUGCACCCUGUCAAUAG